AAAAAAGAAAAAAAGGAAAAAUUCUUGUGGAGUGUUUGAUUGGACACGCGCGAGUACUGGCAGUGCUGCCCAUUCGCCACUGUACCGUCGAUGAAGAUGAAGAUGAAGAUGAUGCGCUUCCACAGACUUUCUCGCCCUCUCUCUCUCCUCCCUCUCCCUCUCUCUCUCGCUGCAGCGCCACUAUCCACUCCCUCCCAUUCCCUCAUGGCCUCAUCUAGGUUCCGCAACCUCGUUCCUCUGAACGCGAUCGUCUCUGAGGAUGGCGGUGGCGGAGGCGGAGGUUCUAAUGGCUCCGUUUCCUCUUCAUCAGCUUCAGUUCCCACUGAAGACGACGAAAGUUUAGUAUUGGGGGUUGGGUACCGUCUUCCUCCCUCUGAAAUCAGGGACAUCGUUGAUGCUCCACCGCUUCCCAUAUUGUCAUUCUCGCCAUAUAGGGACAAAAUAUUGUUCCUCAAGCGAAGGUCAUUGCCUCCACUAUCAGAACUAGCAAAGCCAGAAGAAAAGCUGGCUGGCAUUCGUAUCGAUGGACAGUGCAAUUGCAGAAGUCGGAUGUCAUUCUACACCGGAAUAGGGAUUCAUCAGUUGAUGCCUGAUGAUUCCCUAGGUCCAGAGAAGGAGGUAUAUGGCUUACCGGAUGGUGCUAAGAUCAAUUUCAUUACCUGGUCACCUGAUGGCCGUCAUUUAUCUUUCAGUGUGCGAGUUGAUGAGGAAGAUGGCAGUAGCGGUAAGCUUAGAGUUUGGGUUGCUGAUGUGGAAACUGGGAAAGCUAGACCUCUGUUUCAGAAUACAGACAUCUAUGUAAAUGCAGUUUUUGAGAAUUUUGUUUGGGUAGAUGAUUCUACUUUGUUAGUUUGCACCAUUCCCUCCUCUCGUGGAGAUCCGCCAAGAAAACCUUUGGUUCCUUAUGGUCCAAAAAUUCAAUCUAAUGAGCAGAAGACCAUUAUUCAAGCUAGAACCUUUCAGGAUCUGCUAAAGGACAAAUAUGAUGAAGAUUUGUUCGACUACUACGCCACUACCCAGCUUGUUUUGGGUUCAUUGGAUGGAACGGUUAAGGAGUUUGGCACACCAGCUAUAUACACAUCGCUGGACCCUUCCCCUGAUCACAGACAUCUCUUAGUUACUUCCAUUCAUAGGCCUUAUUCUUUUAUUGUUCCAUGUGGAAGAUUCCCUAAAAGGGUAGCUGUGUGGACAACUAAUGGAAAAUUUGUUAGGGAGCUCUGUGAUUUGCCGCUUGCUGAGGAUAUACCCAUUGCAUUCAACAGUGUAAGAAAGGGGAUCCGUUCCGUCAGUUGGAGAGCAGAUAAGCCAUCGACACUCUACUGGGUGGAAACUCAAGAUGAUGGAGACGCCAGAAUAGAGGUUUCUCCUCGUGAUAUUGUUUAUACACAAUCUGCUGAACCUCCAGAAGGUGAACAGCCAGAGAUAUUACACAAACUUGAUCUUCGUUAUGGGGGCGUAUCUUGGUGUGAUGAUUCACUGGCUCUUGUUUAUGAAUCUUGGUACAAGACGCGCAAAAUACGAACUUGGGUAAUCUCGCCUGGAUCUAAAGAUGACACUCCUCGCGUUCUAUUUGAUAGGUCAUCAGAAGAUGUGUAUUCAGACCCUGGCUCACCAAUGCAGCGGAGGACUCCUCUUGGGACUUAUAUAAUUGCAAAGUUAAGGAAGGAAAAUGAUGAAGGCACAUAUGUUCUACUAAAUGGUAGUGGUGCUACCCCAGAAGGGAAUAUCCCUUUCAUUGAUUUAUUUGACAUAAAAACAGGCAGCAAAGAAAGAAUAUGGAAGAGCGAUAAAGAGACGUAUUAUGAAAGUGUUGUAGCUUUAAUGUCCGACGAGAAAGAAGGAGAUUUAAAUAUUGAUCAGCUGAAAUUUUUGGUUUCCAAAGAAUCCAAAACUGAAAAUACCCAGUACUACAUACUGAGGUGGCCUGAUAAGAAAGCUACUCAAAUUACCAAAUUUCCUCAUCCAUAUCCACAGCUGGCAUCACUGCAGAAAGAGAUGAUCAGAUACGAGAGAAAAGAUGGAGUUCAAUUGACAGCAACACUAUAUCUGCCACCAAACUAUGACCCAGCAAAAGAAGGCCCUCUUCCCUGCUUGAUCUGGUCUUACCCUGGGGAGUUCAAAAGCAAAGAUGCAGCUGGACAAGUUCGUGGUUCCCCUAAUGAGUUUGCAAGUAUAGGUCCAACUUCUGCUCUUCUAUGGUUGGCUUGCAGGUUUGCUAUUUUAGCUGGACCAACAAUACCUAUCAUUGGUGAAGGUGACGAGGAGGCAAAUGAUAGAUAUGUAGAGCAAUUGGUUGCAAGUGCACAGGCUGCUGUAGAGGAGGUCAUUAGACGGGGGGUCGCUCAUCCAAAUAAGAUUGCCAUUGGUGGACAUUCAUAUGGUGCAUUUAUGACUGCAAACCUUCUGGCUCAUGCUCCUCAUCUUUUUUGCUGUGGAAUUGCUCGCUCCGGUGCCUAUAACAGAACACUGACCCCUUUUGGAUUUCAGAAUGAGGAUAGAACUCUUUGGGAGGCAACCAAGACAUACGUAGAGAUGAGUCCAUUUAUAUCAGCAAAUAAAAUCAAGAAGCCAAUUUUACUCAUCCAUGGUGAAGAAGACAACAACCCAGGAACUUUACCCAUGCAGUCCGAUCGGUUUUUCAAUGCCUUGAAAGGUCAUGGAGCAUUAUGUCGCCUUGUGGUUCUUCCGUUUGAGAGCCAUGGCUAUACUUCACGAGAGAGUAUCAUGCACGUCCUCUGGGAAACUGAUAGAUGGCUGCAGAAAUAUUGUUCCUCUAACUCUUCUGAUGUAGGUCAAGAUGUGGAUAAAAGCAAAGAGGAAGGUAAUGGAGCAGCAGAUUCUAAAGGGAAAGUUGUUUCAGGUUCCGGAGGUGGUGGCACAGAGAGUUCAAAUCGUGAUAAUGAUGGAUUUUACUCUAUUCAAAGAUCAUUAUUGUGAUUUCUUGUGGAUAUUUUGCAGCCAAGAGGUGAAGUGGAGAUUCGAAUUGUAAGAUAAGAAGCACGGAUGACGAUCCUCCGAAGAAACAGAUCCAUGCCUCUGAAGUGCAUCAUUCAGGAUUGAAAUAAAGAGUGGCAUUUGAUAAGCAAAUUUCACCAUUUUUUCUAUAUUGCAAGGACGCAUAAUUCUGAAAUCAUGGUCUGCUUGCUGUUUAUGUAAUUCAUUGUGGCUAUUGAGCAAAUUUGUACGCCAAGAAAACUUGAAUCUUCAUUUUUCCCAUAAAGGAAUAAGGUCAAAUUAGAUGCUAAUGUACUUCAAAAAUGGUAUAUACAAAAAGAUUGUGCAUAGUAAAUGAAAUGAAAAAUGUUGUCCCUGUCUUUAA